GCUGCUUGCCCAGGCUGCAGACGGGCGCCCUGCGCGUGCUCGUGAAAACAGCCCGACCCGACCCUGCCCGAGGACCCUUCUUUCCUUCGCUUGUGACUUGUGAGGAGGAGCCAAACAAGGAAAACUUCCUGGCGCCUGCUCGCCUGCCGUUGCAUUUAAAACCCCCUCAUCGCUUUGGGGAUUGAGAGUUGCACAAGGGAAGGGACGCCAUCCUGUCGAGGUUGCUCCCCGUCGCCGCCGUCUGCAAACCUCGCAGCCGCCGCAGCACAGCGUGCUCCAUGGCGGACGCGGCUCGCCUCUUCCUGCUGGUGGCGGCGGCCGCCGCGCUCGCCGGCCGCUCAGACGGCGCCUGGUGCGUGUGCCGCUCGGACCUGGGGGACAGCGCGCUGCAGAAGACGCUCGACUACGCGUGCGGCGCCGGCGCCGACUGCAAGCCCAUCCUGCAGAACGCGCCCUGCUUCGCCCCGGACACCGUCAGGGCGCACUGCUCCUACGCCGUCAACAGCUUCUACCAGCGCAACAACCAGAACGCGCAGGCAUGCGUCUUCUCCGGCACCGCCGUGCUUUCCAACACCGACCCGAGCGGCAAUGGCUGCACUUACCCUGCAACCCCAAGCGCCGCCGCUACAAGCAAUGGUGGUUCGCCCGGCGUUUACAGCCCCCCGACGAUGGGCCCGUCAGCCCUCAACGACAACAGCGGCGUGGGUGUUCUCCCGGUGGCUGGAGUUGCUGCUCGGCUGGUGAUCCUAGCCUCCUCGCUCAUGGCUCUCUACCUGAGCACGUGAUCACGGCGCCGAGACGAGACGCCCCUACGCCGCACUGUGUUAGGCAGACGGAGCCCUAUUGAUGGCACCUUGUUCAGGCGAAGAACUAGGUUUGGAUGACCCGCAUUGUGGUGCUGCAGUUUCCGUUCACUUUUCUCUGCUGUAAAAUCUUAGAUUGUAGGAGGGAAAUGUUAAGUUGACUUGAGGACGUGGUGUUUAAUCGGGUGUUUAGGGUCCAUGUGUUAAUUCUUAGUGCCUGAUUUCUGUCUGAUGUUGCCUUUA